CUUCUAGCCCAGAGAUGAUCAUUAUUACUACGAUUUUCACUCCAACUUUGUCAUGCCGAUGAAGUGACGGUGGAGAAGUAAAAAUGUCGGAACCGAACCCCGACCACGAAUCCCCAUCGAGUCAUGAGCCGCCCGCAGCGAAGCGACGAAAGGUCCGCAAGGGCACGCAAAGUUGCUGGGAGUGCAAGCGGCGGAAGAUCCGGUGCACAUUUGCCGCGUCUAGGGAGUCGAUCUGCGAUGGGUGUAAGAGCCGUCGGACUAAAUGCAUUGGUCAAGAGUUUUGCGACGAGAGGACAACGGCAAGGAGGAGAGAGAAGGUCGGUCGUUUGGAAAUGUUGGUGGAGCAGGCGAUUACUACGAGCACGGGAGACAGAUCGAACGCGUCGUGUCGGGAUAGGCGGAAUGUGGCGGCCGUCACUCAUUGCCUGGACGACCAUUCAAUUACUGGGCCAAAAAGCCCCGGGCCGUCCCGUCCUGGUCUGGUUCCUUCUCCAAGCUGGCAAAUUCGAUCAAGAGACAAUCACAGUGAGGUAUCCCGCGCUUUAAUAGCCGUGUGGCCCUGCCAGAACGAGCUUGAUCGCAUCUUAAGCGUCCCCGUAAGUAUGUCAGUCCUACUCCACGGUGUGGUUUGCCGGCCGUACUCUGGCUUGCUUAAUGGAGAUAUGCCAUCGCCACGGGACAUGUUGAAGCUGCCUCCACCCGAGUCUCAUCCGGUCUUGAUAGCACGAAGGCUUCUCCUACUCGGCACAUUCCUGCAAGGCAUUCCGUCGAGCUCUCUCAAGGACUUGGUUGGCCUUGGUUCCGACUAUAGGGAUAUCGAGUCUCGAGUGGUCGAUGCGGCCAGACUAGUGACUAACAACGACGACCUCGUCGGCUCACUCGAGGGCAUCGAAUGCAUCAUGAUCGAGAGCAUGUAUCACAACAAUGAAGGAAACCUCCGUCGUGCGUGGCUGAUCGGCCGUCGAGCGAUGGUGCUGGCGCAAGUGAUGGCGCUUCAUCGAGGGAGUGACUCGCCUCCACCGACGAUACUCGAUAUCGAGACGCGAGAUCGUAUCCAUCCGGAACACAUGUGGUUCCGCUUGGUAUGUUCGGACCGUUACCUAUCGUUGAUGCUUGGGCUCCCACAGGGCUCGGUUGAAAACAUCUUCGCUACUCCAACGGCACUGGAACAGUGUACGCCCAUCGAGCGGAUGGAGCGACUUGAGUCGGUUGCGGGUGGACUGAUCCUACAGCGUAACAGCGUCGACCUACCUGAACUUUCACUAACGCACAAGGUUGAUAAGUUGCUCCAGGAGGCUGCUGCCUCGAUGUCGGCCCAGUGGUGGCUUACUCCUCACCUCGCCUCUAUCACCGGCGAUGAUGUUGAUGCAUUCACGGAGACAAUCCGUGCCAUGAAUCAGUUCACUCACUACCACUUACUAUUGCAGCUCCAUCUUCCGUACAUAUUACAGCGGUCUCCUGACCGGAAGUACGAUUACAGCAAGAUUACAGCUGUGAACGCCAGCCGGGAUACUCUAUCCCGCUUCCUGUCCUUAUGCAACUCCAACGCAGCCACCUACUGCCGCGGCAUCGAUUUUCUCGCCUUCAUCGCAAGCACGACACUGUGCCUAGCGCAUAUCGAUGCUCGCCGCCACCAUCGGACCGAAACCGGCGACGGCGCCACCGUCUUUCAGUUCCUCGCACACCAGCGGCUCGGCGACCGCGGAAUGAUGGAGCGCACGCUAGCGAGUAUGGAGCAGAUGGCCGAAGUAGGCAACGACGUGGUCGCGACGAAGAUUUCUGGCAUGCUUCGGCAUUUGCUUGCGUUCGAGGCCGACUCGGCAGAUGGCGGCGCCUAUAGCACUAGUGCGUCCCCCGGGGCGAGAGAUGAGAAGUUCCACGCCGGUAGCAAUUCCAGCGACGCUGGCGACGUACUACGCAUAUAUGUCCCGUAUUUCGGGACCAUCAAUAUCGAGCGUUGCGGUCACAGAUUCCCUAACCAGGCGACUCGCACCAGGUCAGUGCCGCAAGCACCCCAUUUCGAUGUGGAGGUAAUACCGUCUACGCCGACAAUAACAUCAUAUCAUGAGCGAGAACCAGAACUUCAAGGAGCGUGGGCUCCUGUGUUCAGCCCCUCUCAUUUCGACCUUCCCGGACUGCCACAUCAGGCUACAUUGGUAGCAGAGGAUCAAGAUGUACCUGGGCUGGUGACUGAGAUGAACUGGUUGUCGCCAGGCGUAGAUAUGGGAUGGCUUGAAAAUAUAAUUGGAGAUACAAUAGAGCCGGCUGUACCGGAGCCAGAGGCUUGAAUGCCUCGUAAGUUGCCCACU